UUUGUUGUACGAAGCUCUACAGCCAACGUCGUUCCUGGGCAUUUAUUUAUUCUUUUUCUUUUUGGUGAUUCCAAACCAACUUAUCUCUAAUGGUGACCACUUUAAAAGUAACAAAAGGUGUUCACCCCGUUGAACUAACCUGUGAUGAGCAAGGACUUCGUAUCGAAGGCGAUUUUAACGCAUAUCAAAAAUUGAAAAAGAAGAUUAUAUGCUGUUGUAUACCCGUUAUUCAAGGAAAAGGACCAGACCCAACCUUACUUCCAAUAGAUCAUGAGUACAUUCUUUAUGCCGAGUACAUUCAACGCACCAAGACCAUUCAGAUCCGUUUUGUAUUGCCAGAGGAUAGAAGUAACGAUGAUUCAACAGCUGAUUUCUAUGAGCUAUAUUAUACUGUGUCUGAUGAUAAAGCACAAGAAGCUGAAGCAUUCUGUGAGACAUUGAUGGACCAUGCUUAUGAAGGUGCAAAAGUUCAUAAGCGACUCUUGGUGUUGAUCAACCCAUUUGGAGGACAAGGCAAAGCCAAGGAAAUAUUCGAGUACCAUGUUCGUCCUAUAUUUCAAGCCGCCAAGUGUGAAGUUACCGUCAAGAGUAGAUAACAAUGAUCUGAUGCGGCGCAUAAUGACUGUAUGAUUAUCUUUUCAUACAAAUUGUUUGCAUGCUACGAUUUGUAAGUUUAGACUUUCUUAUACCCCUAGAGUAGGAGAGCAUCAACUAUUUACGGUAAACCUUGAUGCCUAACAAGACUGAUAAGUUCAUUUUUUAGCUCCUUUUAGUUGCUCUAGCGCGACCGGCUUGCAUAAGUAUAAACCUGCAAUGGUCAUGAUGAGGACUGAUAGACUAGACUGCUUUGUUUUCUCCUGAAUUAUGUCCCACUUUAAAUGCUAUGAUCUGUAGAUUAUGCUUUAUUACAUAAAGCAAGACUAUAACUGCAAUAACUUUUAUG